GCUGCAGAAAAUGGCUAAAAUCAUCGGUGCGAAGAAAUCAUUGUGGCAGCAAGUGUGUGAUGAAUACGAAACGGAGCAACUCAGACCACCCAACGCUGCGUCAGUAUGGACUGACACUAGUUCCGUGAGCACUCAUGUCUCCCAAUACAGCGCUAGCAAGCACAACCCAGUCUUCUACGGGCUCAUGGCAGCUAAGGUUACUGUGGAUGAUGAGGUGCUUCAAAAUGUUGACCCCCUGCUGUGCCACCCAGCACUUGCUGGAUACUCUGUCCUGGACAAACGUCCGUCACCCUCUCAGUCUGCCCCUUCCACUUCUCAACUUCCUCAAAACCCUGUAACCAGUUUUUUGGAGAAGGCUGUGAUGCCUGUGCUUCUGCCUGGACUGGAGGCCAUGCUGAGAGAGGCCCAGAGACAACAUUGUCUGGAGAGGAAGAGAACAGCCUUUAAUGCCUGUGACUUCUUGACUCAAUGGCUGUACAACCAUAACCCCAGUAGGCAGGGGCAGAAGCCUGUGGACUUCCAUGACAUCCCCUUUGUCAAGGACUGGCUCAGCAUACACCCCCGGCCUCCCAUCCCUCUGUCCCUGCUGUUGUCCGACCAAGAGGCUGCUCUGCUCAUUCAGUCUUUCUGGCGAGGAUACAAGUGCAACUCAGCAGGGUGA